UAAAACUAGAGAAUCGCUGUCUAUUUUGAACACGUGACCGCAACGUAGAAAUAGUAAUGUUUUCAUUUUAGCACAGCUGACACCCAAGGAAACUAAAGACGAAGAACAGAACUGUUUCAGGGUUUCCAGAUUUUUUCAACAUAUAAAGCAAGAACAGCCAUGGGAAGAAUAUUUUUGAGACACAUAGGAGGGACCAGGCUAUUCUCCUGUGCUAGUUGUGAUACACCUCUAACAAACAGAGCAGAGCUGAUUUCAACAAGAUUCACAGGAGCAACAGGAAGAGCCUUCCUUUUCAAUAAAGUGGUUAACUUAAACUACAGCGAAAUACAGGACCGCGUCAUGUUGACGGGUCGACACAUGGUCCGAGAUGUAUCCUGUAAGAACUGUGACGCCAAGCUUGGCUGGGUGUACGAGUUUGCCACAGAGGACAAUCAGAGAUACAAAGAAGGUCGCGUGAUCCUGGAGAGGGCUCUGGUGACUGAGAGUGAGGGUAUAGAGGAACACAUCAGCCAUGACAGCUGAUCAGUUAAAGGGGAGUAACUGUUGCCUUAAAAUGUACAAAGCUGUGUGUAUAUUUUAAUGAGAUUAACUUAUCACAGGAUAUGUAGACCCAGAGGAGUUGGUUAUGACAGUGUUAUUAAGACAGUUUAAAGACUUCUGUGAUGACAGUUAGAACUGGCUUGCUGUCUAGAGAGAUGGGUUGUUUUAUUUAUGUGAGAUGAGUUUUACAUUUGAAGUGUAAAUUCAUUGUUAUGCUUGUUGAGAAAUGUUGAUCCCUAAGUUGGAUAUUAAGCAGUUAUCCAUUUAUCAUAAAUUUUAGUAGUCAAUGUUCAUGCUAUUGGUACAAAAAAUUCACCUGAACUUGUCAAAAAAAAACACCAUAGCACCUGAAAAUUCCAAUGGUUUAAUUAUUUUUACUAAAUGAUUAACUCGUGCAGAUAGAGAGAAAAACAGAGAGAAAAGAAUGCAUUCAAGUGUUUUAAUUAGCAGUAUAUGGGUAAUUAAAAUUUUUUUCAAUCUUAGCAAUCUUUUUUCAACACCACAAUUUAUAGGUCCCCUGAGUCCCAUUGCUAUCUGUUCUUGUCCAUUGUCAGUACAGAUCUAAACAUUUUUAGCAUCUUCUCUGAUUGAUUUAGCCAACCAAUGAAAGUAAUUGCAUGGUUAUAUUAAAUCACUUCUGCUGGAAUUUUAAAAUUAAUUAAUUCUUUGGCAGUGCUGUAAUAUUUAUAUCUGUCUCCAAGGUUCCAGCUCCAAGGUAGGUCUAAGUUGCAUUGGUCCAUAUUUCUAAGAAAAUUGCAAAUUAGAAAGUCUUUGUUACUCAGGAAAAUGUAUCAGAGAGCUGUUUGCAUGAUUAUGAUGAGUAGUUAACCCUAUUAAGCAAAAUUAUGGAAUUGAUGCCUCUUAGGUCCAACAUCCAGACCACAGAGUGGGGCUAAAUUACUGUAUACAGGGAUAUUUUUGCCCCAUUUUAUUUUUGUCCUUUUCUUCCUAUCCUCAGUUGGGCAAAGGAUUUCUAAGUGGGCUCCAAGUGAUCAGAACUUGAGAAACUCACAACAUUUAGACAGUUAAGGCCCUAAUGGACCUUUUAACUUAAUUUUCAUUUUUGAAAAGUGCAGAAUAGACCCUCAACAAUAUACAGUGUAAAUAAACUUGAAUACUUUAUGUUAAUCUAGAUCCGAGUCUAUAAGUACAUAGUUAUAGGACAGGAAUCAUAACUCUUGGACGCAAUACAUGCUGUGUUUAUUUGAUGAACGGAGAUCAGUGCCUAUUUUUGUUUAUUUGUUUUGUUUAUUUUCUCUAAGUCAUUUAACGCAUACUAGUAAUCAAACUCAUAUUUACAUGGUAUAUGUAUUUCUCUAAGAUGCUAUAUUAAGAAUUAUGUUGAAAAUUUAUUUUACUCAGUUAAUUGUUUCAGGGACACUAUCACAAAAUGAUGAAGUUUCUAUUCAUUGUCACUUUGAACAGGAAAUAUUUGAUAUUUUCUGUUUAUUAGAAACUUGUACAAUGUACCAGUGCUUUUAAAAGCUGAGUUGACAUUAAACAAGGUAAAAGUAUAUCAAUCUGAUGUGUGGAGCUACAUUAGUAAAUAAUAAAGACUACUAGAGUAUCAAA